CUGGGUUCCGGCCGAUCGGCUGGGCAGGCCUGCCGCGCCCCCUCGCCGGCGUGCCUUUGUCGGUAGCGGAAGAGGCUCUCGCACUUCGCCGUUGCCCGAAGGGGUUGCCGGGCACCCGCUUCCUGUUCGGCUGGUUCCAGCCAGCUCGAGGACAAAACACGCGUGCGCGCGGUGGAUGGGCGCGCUCGCCGCCUCAGCCAGCAGCGCCGCGCGCAAUCAGUCUCUCUCCGGAGCAGCUUGUCCACGGUUCUAAAGCGAUAGCAGCAGCCGCCGCAGCCUCUCCGCACUGGGGGACCGAGGGAGGAAAAAGGCGGGGUUGGCGGCUCUUUUGCUGGGAGUGGGCUGGACCGGACGGCAGACAAAGGCUCUCAAGGCAAGAGGGACUGUGGUCCUGCGACGGCGCUGCUCGGGUUUUGUGGCCCAAGGACUUUUCACCCUAUCGUUUUUUUUUUUUCUCUAAUUCUCCUCUCAUCCCAACCUCGCGUCCCCUCACCCGCGAUCUCGCUUGUCACCGGGAGGGCCGAGAUGGAGGUCCCGCCCCGGCUUUCCCAUGUGCCGCCGCCAUUGUUCCCCUCCGCGCCCGCUACUUUAGCCUCCCGCAGCCUCUCUCAUUGGCGGCCGCGGGCGCCGAGGCAGCUCGCCCCUCUCCUCCCUUCGCUCGCUCCCAGCUCUACCCGGCAGGGGGCGCGCCGGGCCCAGCGCCACGUCACCGCCCAGCAGCCCUCCCGAUUGGCGGGCGGGGCAGCUAUAAAGGGAGGGCGCAGGCGGCGCCCAGAUCUCUUCCGCCGCCAUUUUAAAUCCAGCUCCAUACAACGCUCCGCCGCCACUGCUGCCGCGACUCGGUCUGCGCGCCAGCACCCUCCUGCCGACAACUCUGCCGCAAUGGAGGACAUGAACGAGUACAGCAACAUAGAGGAAUUCGCAGAGGGAUCCAAGAUCAACGCGAGCAAAAAUCAGCAGGAUGACGGUAAAAUGUUUAUUGGAGGCUUGAGCUGGGAUACAAGCAAGAAAGAUCUCACUGAGUAUUUGUCUCGAUUUGGAGAGGUUGUAGACUGCACAAUUAAAACAGAUCCUGUCACUGGACGGUCAAGAGGAUUUGGAUUUGUGCUUUUCAAAGAUGCUGCUAGUGUUGAUAAGGUUUUGGAACUGAAAGAACACAAACUGGAUGGCAAAUUGAUAGACCCCAAAAGGGCCAAAGCUUUAAAAGGGAAGGAACCCCCAAAAAAGGUUUUUGUGGGUGGAUUGAGCCCAGAUACUUCUGAAGAACAGAUAAAAGAAUAUUUUGGUGCAUUCGGAGAGAUUGAAAAUAUUGAACUUCCCAUGGAUACAAAAACAAAUGAAAGAAGAGGAUUUUGUUUUAUUACAUAUACAGAUGAAGAGCCAGUAAAAAAAUUGUUAGAAAGCAGAUAUCAUCAAAUUGGUUCUGGGAAGUGUGAAAUCAAAGUUGCACAACCAAAAGAGGUAUAUAGGCAGCAACAGCAACAACAGAAAGGAGGAAGAGGUGCUACAGCUGGUGGGCGAGGUGGAACUAGGGGUCGUGGACGAGGCCAACAGAGCACAUAUGGCAAGGCAUCUCGAGGGGGUGGCAAUCACCAAAACAAUUACCAGCCAUACUAAAGGAGGACAUGGGAGAAAACAGGAGGAGAUGCUAAAGUAACCCAUCUUGCAGGACGACGUUGAAGAUUGGUCUUCUGUUGAUCUAAGAUGAUUAUUUUGUAAAAGACUUUCUAGUGUGCAAGACACAAUUGUGUCCAACUGUAUAUAGCCGCCAAUUAGUUUUCUUUGUUUUUACUUUGUCCUUUGCUAUCUGUGUUUUGACUCGAUGUGGAUUUGUGUUUAUACGAAUUUUAUUUGUAUGAUUUCAUGUUAAACCUCAAAUAAAUGCUUCCUUAUGUGAUUGUUUUUCUGUGUCAGGUACUAAAUAGCUCUGUAAAAAAAAAAAAAAAAAUGUAAUAUUGAAUAAGCAAUAAUUAGGUCACAGUUCGUUUCAUAGGAAGUGUUGGUACAUAGGGAGAAACUCCUUUAUGAAUAGCCAGCCACCUUGUCACCUUAUUACCCAUUUUUAUGGAUGUAUUCUAUGCUCUAAGGCUUCAUUUCCCUAUUAACUGACA